GGACGUGGUCACCAAGGGGAGCCCCCGCCCGCCUUCGCAAAGGCCUACGCCUGAGGUUGCAGGGAGAACUGGAACUGGGCUCCCGGUAGGGGGAAGCGGUGUAUUAAAUCCGCCCCCUACUCAUACCCCACUUCCGAGGGGGUGGACGAUAGAGGGAGGUUGGGGUUGGAGCAGCGGCGAGGGGGCCCCUCCCUAGCACCUCCCCCCACCGGACUUGGUCGCGCCCGAAGUGUAACACUUUCUCUUUGUCGGAGGAGCUCCGCUGUUUCCUGUGCUGUAGCUCCCGUUGCAGCGGCGCCCGUGGCAGCCCUGGCGGACGCAGGAGCGAUGGCAGCGACCGAUAUAGCUCGCCAGGUGGGUGAAGGUUGCCGAACUGUCCCCCUGGCUGGACAUGUGGGGUUUGACAGCUUGCCCGACCAGCUGGUGAAUAAGUCAGUCAACCAGGGCUUCUGCUUCAACAUCCUGUGCGUGGGAGAGACAGGUUUGGGCAAGUCUACCCUCAUGGACACCCUGUUCAACACCAAGUUUGAAGGAGAGCCGGCCACUCACACACAGCCGGGUGUCCAGCUCCGGUCCAAUACCUAUGACCUCCAAGAGAGCAACGUGGGGCUAAAGCUCACAAUUGUUAGCACGGUGGGCUUUGGGGACCAGAUCAACAAGGAGGACAGCUACAAGCCCAUCAUGGAAUUCAUUGAUGCCCAGUUCGAGGCCUACCUGCAGGAGGAGCUGAAGAUCCGCAGGGUACUGCACACCUACCACGACUCCCGCAUCCACGCCUGCUUGUAUUUCAUCGCUCCCACGGGUCAUUCACUGAAGUCUCUGGACCUAGUGACGAUGAAGAAGCUGGACAGUAAGGUGAACAUCAUCCCUAUCAUUGCCAAAUCUGAUGCCAUUUCGAAGAGCGAGCUAACAAAGUUUAAAAUCAAAAUCACCAGCGAGCUUGUCAGCAAUGGGGUCCAGAUCUACCAGUUCCCUACAGAUGAUGAGUCGGUGGCAGAGAUCAACGGAACCAUGAACGCCCACCUGCCGUUUGCUGUCAUUGGCAGCACAGAAGAACUGAAGAUAGGUAACAAGAUGAUGAAGGCGCGACAGUAUCCUUGGGGCACGGUGCAGGUUGAAAACGAGGCCCACUGCGACUUUGUGAAGCUGCGGGAGAUGCUGAUUCGGGUCAACAUGGAGGAUCUACGGGAGCAGACGCACAGCCGGCACUAUGAGCUGUACCGCCGCUGCAAGCUGGAGGAGAUGGGCUUCAAGGACACCGACCCCGACAGCAAACCCUUCAGUUUACAGGAGACGUAUGAGGCUAAAAGGAAUGAGUUCCUAGGAGAGCUCCAGAAAAAAGAAGAGGAGAUGAGACAGAUGUUCGUCCAGAGAGUCAAAGAGAAAGAAGCUGAACUCAAAGAGGCAGAGAAAGAGCUGCAUGAGAAGUUUGACCGUCUGAAGAAACUACACCAGGACGAGAAGAAGAAGCUGGAGGAUAAGAAGAAAUCCCUGGAUGAUGAAGUGAAUGCUUUCAAACAGAGAAAGACAGCAGCCGAGCUGCUCCAGUCCCAGGGCUCCCAGGCCGGAGGCUCACAGACUCUGAAAAGAGACAAAGAGAAGAAAAAUAAUCCAUGGCUGUGUACUGAAUAGUAUUCCCCGCUACAGCUGGACUGGACUCCACUUAGCCUUUUAAGCCAAGGUUCUUAUUUUAACCGACAGCUUUCCUUUGGGGUGCCAGGCAGCCGAGCCCCCAGCCCCUGCCACAUACUUUCCCUUCAAGCCCCACUUCUUCUUUUGAGUUCUGCCUCCCAGUCCCACUGGCGCUGACCAUGAGCUUCUUCUUUUUUAUUUCUUUGGGGUUUUUUUGGUCACUUUCUUUCAAAACGCACCAACGAGGCUAAGCCAAAUUUUCAGGCCUUUUUGAAGCAUUGAGAAUGGGGAGGGGGUUUCUCUCUUCAACAAUAGAUAAUAAUAGGAAGCGAAAAGUAUAAAGAAUGCACAGCAGACAUGCACACACUUUAUCUUUUCUUGUUGGCAAAGCAAGAGGGCAGUUUUGAUGAGAUAUAUUGUUUGGGGAGUCGCUGAUUGGUUAACGGCCAGAAGCAAGUGAUGCUGCCAAAGCACAAGUUAGUUUCUUGAGAAAAUCCAAGUCUCAGAGUGCAGCAUUUUAGGAGACCCUGUGCUUGGAGGUUUAAAAAACAAACAUGGCUACUCAGCUAGUAGCUCAGAAAGAUGCUAAGUUUGGGCUGUCAGGUCUCCUUGAGCAAGGCAUCUUAUUUGCAGUUUUGAUGUUUCUAUGGCCAGUUUCUCUGCUGCUUCCCAAGAAUCCCAAACUUAAACAACCAACUGGUCUCCAUCCCCCCCGAAUAAUUAUUAGCAUUACAAUUAGGCCCCCUCAUUUGCAUUUGUUUGCAGAUUAACUACUUGAGGCUUGAGGCGCUCUGUAAACUUCAAAAGAAUGAGAGCCACCAGCCUUCGAGAGACCUUCAGGGACUAGGCAGGAAUUUUGUAUUAAGGGAGAAAUUUGGUCUGUAGAACAGAUAUGACCCACUUUUUUCGGAAGAGGAAAUUGAAGCCCUGAGAAGUGAAGGGACUUGCCGGAAGUCCCCAUGCUGUUUUGUGGCAAAAGCCAGGUUAGGUUCAUGAAGUCUGUCCUACUCCGAUCUAUUUCACAAAUGGAUCCAAUCUGUGCAUAUAUGUUCCUGGAGACAAGGUCUUUUGAUGGUCGGAGAAAGAGAGUAGUUAGUAUUAGAGGGCCUUUGAGGGGUUUGUUCCUAUAGAAAAAUACCUGGGAAUGAGUGGGGAGGGGCGGGCACAGCCGAAGACUCCAGGCCAGCUCCUGAACUGAGCGUUUCUGCUGACGAUAGGAGUCACCAGGCACCUGUUAGCCCGUCAGCUUUCCUGGAAGUCUGGAAUGGGGCCCAGGCAUGCAUAUGUUUAACAGUGUCCUAGAGGAGCCUUGUAAUCAAGGAAGUUUGGUAGACAAAAAUCUAACCUGUGAGUGAACAUGAGAUCCUUAGAAAGUCAACCAAGGCUAUUAAAAGAAUUGAAAUGCUUAUUUUAUUGGGUGGCUUUCCUCAGUGUAGACAGAAAGAUUUUUCUCCUUCAGUGAAAAGGCUUUUUAAUUAGUACAAUUGUUACUAUUUUUAAAAAAUAUCCUAAGUACUCUGUUUACUUCCGGUGAAACAAAACCAGUCAUUAGAAAUGGUCUGUGCUUUUAUUUUCCCAAACUGGAAUAGAACGGCUUUCCUGAAAAAUCCCCAUGUGUAUAAACACACACACACACACACACACACACACACACACACACACAGAGCCCCCAUUUCUCUUAAGCCAAGAAGUUUGCUGUUCCCAGCUGCAGGGCAGAUCACUUUUGUUUUUGUUUUUGUUUUUUUGUCUUAAUCAUUUGGCAUUUACCCGUGGCUGUUAAUAUGUGCUUGUUUUUAAUUAAAACAAGAAGCUUUAAA